AUGAAGGAGUUCCUGGAAAGCGUGGUGGCGGCGGGCUUUGACCCAAACCGCGGCCUCUUCACCGCCACCCCGGACGGCUACGCCUACCCCAACCCACUGGCAGAGCGGCUGGAUGGCGGGCUGUCGGCCCUGGAGACGCUGGGCCUGGUGCUUGGGCGGGCGCUGUACGAGGGCGUGCUGCUGGACUGCCCCCUGGCUCCCUUCUUCGUCAGCAGGCUGCAGGUGCGAGGGCGGUGGCCUCUGUUUGAGGAGCUGCAGGGGCUGGACCCUGAGGUGUACCGCAGCCUGCUGCAAUUAAAGCGGUAUGAGGGCCAAGUGGCCGACCUCUGCCUCGACUUCGCCGUGGAGAGCGACUUCCUGGGGUCCACCAUUAGCGAGGAGCUGGUGCCAGGUGGCAGCCACCUGGCAGUGACCAACGAAAACGUGCUGCAGUACGUCUUCCUGGUGGCCGACUGGCACCUGAACAAGCGCCUGGGCUCCGCAGCGGCGGCCUUCAGCCGAGGGCUGUCUCGGGUCAUCCCCGCCUCCUGGCUGCGCCUGUUCUCACCCCGGGAGGUCAACCAGCUGCUGGGCGGCGGCGAGGCGGCAGGGCUGAAUGUGAACGACAUGCAGGCACACACGCAGUACAGCAACGGCUACAGCGCCGAAAGCACCACCAUCAAGCACUUCUGGCAGGUGGUCCGCGGCAUGAGCCAGGAGGAGCAGCGCAGCCUGCUCAAGUUCGUCACCAGCUGCAGCCGUGCGCCGCUGGGCGGCUUCCAGCACCUCAACCCGCCCCUCACGAUACACAAGGACGUGGACCGCCUGCCAACCGCCUCCACAUGCAGCAACACGCUCAAGCUGCCCAACUUCCGGCGCACCGCCACGCUGCGGGAGAAGCUGCUGUAUUCCAUCCAGGCUGGGGCUGGCUUCGAGCUGUCGUGA